CUCCUCCUCCUCCUCCUCCUCCUCCUCCUCCUUCCUCCUCCGACUGAGAACGCCGUGCUCUCGAUUAGUCAGACCUCAGAUCAAAGUUAUCAUAUCAGACCCCUCCCUGCCACCUUAUCCUGGGUGGGCGUUCAAUUGCAUUUCACUCCCCUGUACAUGGUUCAACUUUUCCUGGCUUGUCCGUUGCAAAUAUGUCUCGUCAACCUAGCUUGCGACCCAAGUCUUACAUUCCUGGUUAUCCAGACGCCAUGUAUAAUCUUGCUGCGGUGACCACCUUAACACAGCUUGAGUCCCGCGCGGGGUUGGCAGACGAGAAGCAUGACCAGCGCGUUUUUCGAGUCAAGCGCAAGCAUGUCUUGAAGGCAUGCGAUCGUUGCAGAGUCAAGAAGACCAAGGUUUGUGAAGCAUUGGUUGUUCCUAGGAUUCUGUGUGCAUCUUUCUCAACCAUGGCACGAGCGUGCGGUCUGCGGUGAUACUCAUGGGAUACUAGUGUGAUGGGAAACAGCCAUGCAACCGUUGUUCUGCCUAUAACCAUCCCUGCCUCUUCCGGGAGAGGAAGGCUACGCAAACCAAAGUAUACUCACGAGGGUCAGUUUCGAUUCUUUUCCGCACUGAUCUGAUGUCUAUCAAGGAUCCCAGGAUUAACUAGUGGAUUGGCACAUUUCUAGAUUCGUUGAAAUGCUCGAGUCGCACCACUCUCUGGUAGUGAAAGCACUUCAGCGGCUUUAUAAGCUUUGCGUCAACAAGGA